AUGGCCGGAAUUUUCAGAAACAAAUCCGGCAUCCGCCUCCUCUCUCGGAUCCUUAACUCGCCGGAUUUAUCUUAUAAUGGCCGCUCGUGGAGAUCUCUACAAACUCUCGCCUACGAAGAGGUUCGAACUUCACCCGACCGACCUUACGAUUCAACUGCUUUCAUUCUUCACGGUCUCUUGGGAUCGGGAAGAAAUUGGAGGUCCUUCUCUCGGAAUCUUCUCUCAAGGCUUUCUAAUUCCUCUUCUGCCGAAUGGAGAGUGGUGCUUGUGGAUUUAAGGAACCAUGGGAGAUCAGCUGAAAUGGGAGGUCUUGAUCUUCCUCAUGAUAUGGUGAAUGCUGCCAAGGAUUUAGCGAAAUUAAUCGAGUCUCAAGACUGGGCGUGGCCGGAUGUUGUGAUGGGUCAUUCCAUGGGUGGGAAGGUCGCGCUUCAAUUUUUGCAGAGCUGUAAUCAUGGUGAUUAUGGAGAUUCGGCUUCAUUGCCCAAGCAGCUGUGGGUGCUUGAUUCAGUCCCUGGAAAUGUGAACCCCGAAAAUAGUGACGGAGAAGUCGAGAAAGUUCUGAAAACAUUGCAGAGUUUACCUUUGUUGGUACCGUCGAGGAAGUGGCUUGUUAAUCAUAUGAUGGAACUUGGUUUCUCGAAGUCAUUAUCAGAAUGGAUAGGCAGUAAUCUGAAGAAAUCUAGGGAGCAUGAAACAUGGACUUUCAAUCUCGAAGGUGCUGUACAGAUGUUCAAUUCUUUCAGGGAAACAUCAUAUUGGUCUCUUCUGGAGCAUCCUCCAAAAGACACGGAGAUUGCAAUCGUUCGGGCAGCAAAUAGCGAUCGCUGGAGCCAUGAUGUUGUUCAGCAACUUGAAAGCCUCUCCAGCAAGGGAUUAGAGGAAUCUAAAGGACAGGUUUCUGUUCACGUUCUUCCAAAUUCAGGCCACUGGGUUCAUGUGGAUAAUCCAAAGGGACUCCUUGACAUAGUUACUCCAAGAAUUUCAUCCCUUUGAGUCGACUUCUUUUUGAGUCAUUAGUUUUCUGCUAUCAAAUAAACCAAAUAUUUAUUUAGAUCAUGAAUUGUACCCCAAAAAAUUUAACAUCAAAUUCUGAUGACCAUUUACGACGUUGAUAAGUCGUCUGAAAGCUUGUAACCCGAAAAUCGAUGCGGGAAACUUGGUUUCAUGUUUCAGUUUUAAGUUUAUGUAGUUUCAAUUUGAUGUAUAUGUUGCUUCA